UUCAAAAAAAAAUGUGUGCGUCGCAUUGAAUAACAGGGACCACUAAAUCCAUCUGUUCAUUUGAGGCUGAUAUUAACGCAAAUACUUAAUGAUGGAAAGUUCCGUGUCUAAUGUUGAGAUUUGUAAUCUCGCCUACACGGGACAGUUUGAAAAAUUAAAACAGUGUAUUUUUACAGAUAAAACGCUCGCCUGCAAAACUGACCAGGACCACAGAACCGCCCUCCACUGGGCAUGUUCGGCUGGCCAUACCGAUAUUGUGCAGUUUCUUCUCGACCUGGGAGUUGAAGUGAAUCUACAGGAUGAUGCUUCUUGGACUCCUCUUCACAUUGCAGCAUCUGCAGGCAGAGAGGACAUAGUGAGAGCUUUGAUAUCCAAAGGAGCUCAACUCAAUUCUGUAAAUCAGAAUGGCUGCACCCCGCUGCAUUAUGCAGCCUCUAAAGACAGAUAUGAGAUAGCUCUGCUGUUGUUGGAAAACGGAGCAGACCCCAAUGCCACAGACAAGCUGGAGUCAACUCCCCUACACAGAGCCUCUGCCAAGGGCAACUACCGCCUGAUUCAGCUGCUUCUCAAACAGAGCGCCUCCACCAACAUCCAAGAUUCACAAGGCAACACACCACUCCACCUGGCAUGUGAUGAGGAGCGUGUAGAGGCAGCCAAGUUGCUGGUGGAACAUGGAGCAAGCAUCUACAUUGAGAACAAGGAGGAGAAGACCCCCCUUCAGAUAGCCAAGGGUGGUCUGGCCACCAUACUCCGUAGGAUUGUAGAAGGGUGAACCAUAUACUGCGUUACGGGUCAGGCUCCAGCCAGGAUCCACCAUAUACAUCUUCUGAUCAUAUAAUGAGAACUGCCAUUGGCCCUUCUUCAUUAAACUGAUUUGAAACCUCCAAACAAGUGCAGGUGAAAGAGGGAUAAGAGUGCCCAGAGAAAAUUUUGACUGAGAUACAACCUCUUCAGAUUCUCAAAUGAGGUACUUAAAACUGCUAAGACCAUAGAUAUACGAGGGCCAUUAGUCAAAGCUGUGUUGAUAGGAAUCUGUCAGAAUGCAGUGCAGACUGCUACGAAUGAAGUGUUAGUUGUGAAAUAAAAUUAAAA